CGACAAAGAACAUUCACCUGAGCGGGUCAAAAGACUUGUGAUGGCAGAAGGAGCCGGAUACAAUCCCUACGACACAUGACUUUCGACUCACCUCGAUCAUUCGCGCGAACCCCUCGAAGAUGCCACGCCUCGUCCGCCGCGCGCCGCUUUCUGAGCGCAUCAAGGCCUACUUGGAUCCCUACGACCUCCUGCUGUGGCUUUCUGAGUACCUCAACGACGAUGCAUAUGAGGAAUGGUUGAAGCUCUGGGUGGUGCCGAUUGCCUUUGGACUGCAUGUCGUGUUCAUACUCGCACAAAGCGCAAGCAAGAGUGGUCCCUCAAAACGAGGCGACGAUGUCUUCGGAGAAGAUGGUAGUGCAGGCAGUGGAUGGUUCGCGUGGGUGGCUGCACUAAUAAUGCACUCGAUCACCUUAGUCGCCUGCUUGAAUGCUCUCUGGACCUUCUUCAAGAAACGCUCAUACCGCCUCUUCGAGCAGCCCGUGGACAUGCCGCCAGCUACGCCAUCUGCAACACGGGUUCGAGUCGAUAGCUCUCCACUAUCUUCAUCGCCUCUCCGCUAUCUGCAGCACGUUGUCUCAACUACAACAGCAGCAUCGCGGGCAUAUCCAGAUGCGGAGCGUGAAGUCUGGGAGCUAAACAUCUGGGCUCCUAAUGAGCUUAAUUUGACUCUGUUCACCCUCUUCUCUCCUGGACACGUCCUAAUAUACUACCUACUUCUACCGCCGGCCGCCAUGGACCCCAGACCAUCUGUGACUGUGGUCACCGCAACCGCAUUCAGCGCACUGCUUUCCUUACAACUAUGGCUGAUGAAGUCAUCCUUCGUGCAGCAAGCCAAGGAUCAAGCUCUUGUACAUGGUGAAGUCAUGAACGAGUACGACACCAAAUUUGUGCAUCCUUUCCUCAACAGGCCUGUGCGUGAUGUGGGAGUUCAGACUCGCGGCACAACAACACCACGCGGCAGCAAGAUUCGAGAGGUGGAUGUGUAUACGCCAACUACAAUCGUAAAGCGCGCCUUCUCCACGAAUCCAAACCCGAACUAUGCAAUCCAAUACGAUCCUCAUAACCUGUCCGCCUCACGGCCUUCAUCUCGACGCGACUCUGGUCAAAUUGCAGCACUGGAGAGCUUCGACACACCGCCAAGCGCCUACACCAACGCUCAAACGCAAUCUUACUCGCGCCCAAGUACAGAGCGGAGUCCCGUGAAAGGAGAUGGUGGCAGUCUUGGCGUCUACAGUCAUGCAGCAAGUCCUCUGAGAAAGGCUGUCAGCACUAAUCAGCUCAGAGCAGGUCGAGAAAAUGGUCGCAUCUCGAGCCCGCUGAAGCGCAUGAGUACACCUGGCUCGGGUUCAGCCGCUGACCAGCUCAAUGGCGGGCGGAGGAGAGAGACUGGACGCUAUUAG